AUGGUGUCAUUUGACGUGAUCUCAUUAUUCACCUCCAUCCCACCCGCGCUGGCCAUCGACACCAUUGAUGGCUUUCUCCGGGAAAAGUAUGAUGAAACCGACCAACAGCUCAAACGGGCACACAUCAUCGAGCUCCUAGAACUGUGUCUUAAGACCUUCUUUACAUUCAACGGCCAAGUCGACGAGCAAAAGAAGGGGACACCGAUGGGCUCGCCUCUGUCUGGACUAAUUGCCGAAGCAGUUUUGCAGAGACUCGAGCAGCAGGUCUUUAGCUCGUACCCCCCGAAGUUCUGGGCCAGAUACGUCGACGACACGUUCGUUGUAAUCAAGAGGAGCGAGGUGAAGGCUUUCAAGGCAUUGUUGAACUCCAUCUUUCCCGAUAUUCAGUUUACUAUGGAAGAGGAAGUCAACAAUCAGUUGCCCUUCCUGGACGUACAAGUCACGAGAUUGACAGACGGGAAGAUAAGGACAACGGUUUACCGUAAAGCAACAAAUACCAGGCGCAUCCUCCACUUCCGAAGCAACCACCCUGUGGGUCAUAAGCGCAGUUGUGUCAUAACUCUCUUUCAACGCGUUCAAGCACACUGUAGCGACGACAGUGGGAGGAAGGAGGAGAUGAAUUACUUGCAGGCCCUUUUCAAAGCCAACGGCUACCCGAAGUCCUUCAUACGCAAUUGCCUCAAAAAGCCUCAUUUUGAGCGGUCGAGUGGAGAAAAGCCCAAGUUCUGUCUCUCAAUACCCUAUGUGAAGAACGUAUCAGAGGCAACGGCAAGAAUCCUGAAACCUUUUGGGAUUGGCGUGGCUCAUAAACCAGAAUGCACCAUCAGACAGCAAAUCAUGAAGCCCAAAGACCCGCUACCAACAACUGAACAGUCGGCGGUGGUCUACAGCAUACCAUGCCUAAAUUGCAAUGCGAGGUAUGUUGGUGAAACGGGCAAACGCCUCGGUACAAGAUUGCACGAACACCAACUUGCAAUCAACCGCAAGGACAAGCUGUCUUUGGUCUAUGGCCACAUAAUAGAACUGAACCAUGAUUUUGCCUUUGAGUAA